ACGCCUCUCUUCCCGUUCAGCCACCGAAAGUUGCCGAGGAUUUGUGUUUGUCCUAGCGUUACCCUCACCAGUCGCGAUCAUGUCCCAGCUGGAGACGGCGAUGGCCAUCCUCCUGAGGACCUUCGACAAGUACGCCGGAGCCGAGGGCAACAAAGGCACACUGAGCAAGACUGAGCUCAAGACCAUGCUGGAGAAGGAGUUGCCAGGUCUCCUGAAGGCCUCUAAGAACCCAGACGAGUGUGACAAGCUGAUGAAGGCGCUGGACCAUAACGGAGACUCCGAAGUGGACUUCAGUGAAUUCGUGGUCCUGGUCGCUGCUCUCAUGUGCGCCUGUCACAACCGCAGCCCCGCCAAAUGAGCUUAUUUGCAGGUCUCCCCACAUGUAGAACGGAAGGAACACUAUUUACAUUGUUUAUAAUUAACUUUACACAAAAAGAUUUGCAGUUAGAGUGCAGUAUGUCCAAAAUAUCUCGGUUGACAGUAGUAACUGCACAUUUACAGCAGAUAUGUUUAUCCUAAUUUUACUAAAUAAACAGGUUUGUCUACC